UUCUCCUCACCGCUGCUGGCUCUCGACAAUGGUUUGCCCCCUCUUUUCACACGAAAGGACGGCUCCACGCUCACCCAAGCUUCGAGAAUGAGACCAGGUCACGUUAAUCCGCGUGGGUUUCUCGUUAAAUUUGCGCUUGCCCCCACCCCCGGUGACUGGCAGCUUCCGUUUUCCCUAGCCGGCGCUAAUCUAACAAUCCAUCUGACAACUCUGCUGGAUGAUUGGACCAAAAACUUCCCACCGCUUGGCCGAGAGCAGACUGAAACCACCCUGAACCGUCACCAAUUCUGAUGACUCCAAUUCCGCUCGAUCCGUUGGAGAGUUUCAGAGGUGUACUUUUAAUUUACCUUUGCUGAUUCAUUCUAAGAACUUGCAGAAAUCCUACCACUCACUCAUUCAUGCCUCCCUAUGUAUCCAAUGAUAAGAGUGAAGAGUCCGUGUCCAUAUAGGAACAGAGCGCCAUGGAGAGAACCGCUGCUGUAAACAGAAAUACCCUCCAAUCGACAGGAGCCACUCGGUGUGAGUGCAGCAGGCAACAUUCAUGGAGACAUCCCCCCCCCAUCACUGGGCCAGCCAGGAAUUCACUCCUAGUUGUCCUCUCCGGUCCUGGAGGAAGGAGGUGAGAGAACAUGUGGAGUGACUUUGGAGAGGGCAGAGCAGGAGAACUGCAGCUGUGCUAAAGCACAGAGAGAGAAAGAGACAGACUGGCAACAUCUUCAUGGGCAACCUCACAGAGCAGGGCAACAGCAGCGGAGUGGGGCAAGGACUGGCAGUGCGGGCAGUGACAGGCUGCCUGCUUUUCCUCCUCAUUCUCUCCACACUGCUGGGAAACACCCUGGUGUGCCUGGCGGUGAUGAAGUUCCGGCACUUGCGCUCCAAAGUCACCAAUUUCUUUGUCAUCUCGCUGGCGGUGUCCGACCUGUUUGUGGCGGUGCUGGUGAUGCCCUGGAAAGCCCUGAGCGAGGUGGCUGGCCGCUGGCUCUUCGGCCCCUUCUGUGACACCUGGAUUGCCUUCGACAUCAUGUGCUCGACCGCCUCCAUCCUCAACCUGUGCAUCAUCAGCUUGGACAGGUACUGGGCCAUCGCCAGCCCCUUCAGAUAUGAGCGCAAGAUGACCCAGAGGGUGGCUUCAGUGAUGAUCGGGGUGGCCUGGACACUGUCCAUCCUCAUCUCCUUCAUACCAGUGCAGCUGAACUGGCACCGGGCUGGGGCAGAGGUGCUACAGGACAGGACCAACAGCACGGCCGGCUGUGACUCCAGCCUCAACAGGACCUACGCCAUCUCGUCCUCCCUGAUCAGCUUCUACAUCCCCGUGGUGAUCAUGGUGGGCACUUACACCCGCAUCUACCGCAUCGCCCAGACCCAGAUCCGCAGGAUCUCAUCCCUGGAGAGGGCAGUGGAACACGCCCAGAGCUGCCAGGAGCAGACGGCAGACUGCCCGCACGAAGCUGCCCUGAAGACCUCCUUCAAGAAGGAGACCAAGGUGCUGAAGACCCUCUCCAUCAUCAUGGGGGUCUUCGUCUUCUGCUGGCUGCCUUUCUUCGUGCUGAACUGCAUGGUGCCCUUCUGUGCCCCGGCUCUGGCACAAGCAGGGCAGGGUCCCUGUGUCAGCGACACCACCUUCAACAUCUUUGUCUGGUUCGGCUGGGCCAACUCGUCCCUGAACCCGGUCAUCUACGCCUUCAACGCGGACUUCAGGAAGGCGUUCACCAGCAUCCUGGGCUGCUCUCGCCUCUGCCCCAGCAACGCGGUGGAGCCGGUCAACUUCAGCAACGAGCUGGUCUCCUACCACCACGAUGACACUACGCUGCAGAAAGAGCCCCCCGGCGGCUCAGCGGGGGCUAACCCGGGCAUCCUGCCCAACCAGUUGCCGCCCUCCCUCAGCGAGCCCUUCGACAAGGUCUCCAGCAUCUCCUCGGCUCCCAGCGCCAGCAGCGCCAGCAGCAGUAGCCGGCGGCGCCCCAGGGAGCAGCUGCUGCUGCCGGGGGGGCUAUCGUACGAGGGCGAAGCUGAGAUCAGCCUGGACACCAUCACAGCGGUCUACCGCUGACAGGCACGGACCCCCUGCCUGCCCUCUUUCCCCAGCAACCCUCCCCUUCCCGGGGGGGAGUCUGCAAGGUCCCACCGCCAACGCACCAAGGGCCGGCGUUUGCAGCAACCUCCUGGAAACGGGGCUGCGCCCAACAUCCGCCGGAAUCCAGGACUUCGGCGCAAUCUCUCUUCUUAACACAAACCGAAAGAACUGCGGACGCUGUACAUCAGAAACCAAAACAGAAGCUGUUGGGAAGAAAAAAAAGCU